UUCCGCAAAUUUUCCCCUUGCGAACACCACCUUCCCACUCCAGAGAUAUUCUAUUAAAAUCCGUCGCCGACCUAACAUUUUCUCUCUCUCACUCUCUCUCUAAAACCAACUCCCAUAAACUGAGUAAACUACAGCAUACCUAUACACAUACCCGUAGAUACAAAAACUGAAAGCACGGAAGUAACCGACUUCUUAGGGCACAACACCGCGGUCACUUAACGUCGCCGUUUUUCACUCAACCGUCGAUGUGAUUUUGAGCGUUUGAAGGUGGAGUAGUGAUUACGGAAAGCGACGGGAAUGGAUCGGCCGGCGAUGACGGUGGGCCCGCCCUGUAUGGAGAUGCCGAUCAUGCACGACAGCGAUCGGUACGAUUUCGUGCGAGACAUCGGCUCUGGAAACUUCGGCGUGGCUAGGCUCAUGAGGGACAAACUGACCAAAGAGCUCGUCGCCGUCAAGUACAUCGAGCGAGGCGAUAAGAUAGAUGAAAAUGUCCAAAGGGAAAUCAUAAAUCAUAGGUCUUUGAGGCAUCCAAACAUUGUUCGGUUUAAAGAGGUCAUACUGACACAAACCCAUCUGGCUAUUGUAAUGGAGUAUGCAGCCGGUGGAGAACUUUUUAAUCGAAUAUGCAGUGCUGGGCAAUUCAGUGAGGAUGAGGCUCGCUUCUUCUUUCAACAGUUAAUAUCUGGAGUCAGCUAUUGUCACAGAAUGGAAGUAUGUCACCGGGAUUUGAAGUUGGAAAACACUUUGUUGGAUGGAAGCCCUGCUCCUCGAUUGAAGAUAUGCGACUUUGGAUACUCUAAGUCUUCUGUGUUGCAUUCGCAGCCAAAAUCAACUGUGGGGACGCCUGCAUACAUUGCACCAGAAGUGUUGCUUAGGCAGCAAUACGACGGCAAGAUUGCUGAUGUGUGGUCCUGUGGUGUGACUCUCUAUGUGAUGCUGGUUGGUUCGUAUCCUUUUGAGGACCCUGAUGAACCGAAGGACUUCCGGAAGACAAUACAUAGAAUUCUUCACGUUCAAUACUCUAUUCCAGAUAAUAUUCAAGUUGCACCUGCAUGUCGGCAUCUGAUCUCGAGGAUCUUUGUUGCAGACCCUAAACAGAGGAUUACAAUACCUGAGAUAUUUAAGCACGAGUGGUUUCUAAAGAACCUCCCGGCAGACCUCAUGGACGAAAAGACAAUGAGCAACCAGUACGUAGAGCCUGAUCAACCCAUGCAGAGUAUAGAUACGAUCAUGCAAAUAAUUUCUGAGGCCACCAUACCGCCGGUUGGUCUGUAUAACUUGGACAUGAUGGACGAUGACAUGGAAGAUUUGGACUCAGAUGAUCCUGAUCUUGAUAUCGACAGCAGUGGAGAGAUUAUCUAUGCAGUCUGAUUGCAUUUUCCUAUUGGAGUUCCAGAAAUCAGUUUCCUCAGGUACGAAAGAGCUUUCUGAUCGCUUCGGUUUGUAAUGUAAGUCAAGGUACUUGGACUGCAUAAGCUAUAGCUCUUGGUAUACAUUUGUAGGGAGGUUGAUUUUACCCAUUUCAUACAAAUUUGUGCCCCUUGCUGCGAACUUUUGUUUAUUUAUAAGUUUGCUUGCUACGGUGUUUUGGUCGUUUGCGGUCUCUCACACUUCCAAAUACCAGUGUUGUAUAAAUUGGUUCUCUGUACAACAGUUGUCUUAGCUGAAAUGUCAAAACGAAGGUUAUUACUGAUA